UAAUGACGUUUCAGUGUUGAUUUGACAGUAGCUUAGACAGCAAGCUUCUGUUUUUUUUAGGAUUUAAUUGUAAAUAUUUAGCAUAAUGAACGAAAACGAUGAGGACCUUACUACAUUUUGUGAUUCAGCAGCUGCAUUGGUAGAAGGCUGUAGAUUGCCUGUUCGCAUGCAGGGAGGCAAUGACUGGCCUUUAGCAGAAAUUAUUAGCAUUAAAGAGAUUCGUGGACAACGAGGCUACUACGUGCAUUAUGUUGACUUCAACAAGCGUCUUGAUGAAUGGGUGGCCGAGUCCUGGCUGGAUACUCGCAAGGUGCAGUUCCCUCGGAGAGAUGGAGCCCCCGCGCCAGCCGGAACCACCACUCCAAAGAAGACACACAUUGGUUCAGGAGGUGGCAUUAUGCCUCAUGUUAUUAAUGAUAGAGUCUGCAAUGACAUACCGAAAUCUAGUAGCGAUACCAAUAGAGAAGCUAGUGUGACACCGUUACAGCACAAAGCCCCAGAAAGAACACAUUUUGGCGAAGCGCUCAAUGGUUCCGUUCACAAAAAUGCACCUGUCCCCGGCACGCCGAUGGCGGAGCCGCGGGCGCUGGUGUCGCGGCCCGCGAGCCCCACGCUGCUGGCCGAGCCGCCGCUCGUCAACGGCCAGGCCGUGCUGGCCGCCGCGCUGCACAAGAAGAUGAACAGGAAGCGGAAAGCUAACUCUAUAGACAACGAGUCAGAAGCUGGCGAGGAAGGUGACACUAUCGCAUCGGGAGCGGCCACGCCGACCACCAGACCGCGGCAGUCCGGCUCUCUCGUAGCUCACGGGCAUGAUGACUUGGUGACCCGCAUGAAAAACAUCGAGAUGAUAGAGCUCGGCAAGCAUCGGAUCAGACCCUGGUACUUCGCGCCCUACCCACAGGAAAUGGUGAAUCUCCCCUGCAUAUACAUAUGCGACUUCUGUUUAAAAUAUAGGAAAAGUAGGAAAUGCUUGGAAAGGCACCUGAUCAAAUGCAAGCUAAAACACCCUCCCGGCAACGAGAUCUACCGCAAAGGCAGCAUCUCGUUCUUCGAGAUCGACGGACGGAAGAACAAGUGCUACGCGCAGAACCUCUGCCUGCUGGCCAAGUUGUUUCUCGACCACAAGACCUUGUAUUACGAUACGGAUCCAUUCCUGUUCUACGUUAUGACGGAGUUUGACUCUAGAGGAUUUCACAUAGUAGGAUAUUUUUCAAAAGAGAAAGAAAGUACAGAAGACUACAAUGUAGCUUGUAUAUUGACUCUACCUCCAUACCAAAGAAAAGGAUAUGGAAAACUUCUAAUAGAAUUUAGUUAUGAACUAUCCAAGUUUGAGGGCAAAACGGGUUCACCAGAGAAACCACUCUCAGAUUUAGGACUCCUUUCGUAUCGGAGUUACUGGGCACAGACCAUUCUCGACAUUCUGAUGCACAGCAAACCAGUCGGCGAUAAUGAGAAACCCAUCAUUACUAUAAAUGAAAUAUGCGAACUGACCAGUAUUAAGAAGGAAGAUGUGAUAAGCACGCUCCAGAACCUAAACCUGAUCAACUACUACAAGGGCCAGUACAUCAUCUCUGUCAAUCAGGAACUUAUGCAGCAACACGAAAAGAGUAUGGAGAAACGGACGCUGAAGAUCGACCCGAAAUGCUUGCAUUGGACGCCUAAAGAUUGGUCGAAACGUGCCAAAUGUGUUUGAGGAGCUGCGAGAUAUUACUCUGGCUUCCGACACGUAGCCGAAUUUGGAGCAAAAGUCUUCAUAGAAGAAUAGGUAAAUAUUUGUCUUACAACUAGCAUAUAUCUAAUCUGACUUCGCUACGGGUUUGAAAUGAUUCAAUGCAAUUAUAUAUUGCACAAUAUUUUAUUGUUCUAAUACAUUAUACGUUGCCUACUGUGAACUUUGUUGUACCUUAUCAUGGGCAUGAUGCCAACAGAAUAAUUUGGUACUAGCUUACUCGUAUCUAUCUGAUCAAGUUCUAGUACCUGUACAGAGUGAUUUUGGUAUGUCUGGCCAUACUUUCUGCGAGGGAUGGAUAUGUAGGUCAUACUCAUACGCAUAGUUUAUUGAUAAUAUAAAUGACAGGUCAGGCUUAUUACCUUUAUGAUUACCUUUAGGUAAUUCAUAUUAGUCAUGUAACUAAUAUGAAUUACCUAAAGGUACAAGAAAAUAUACAAGAUUCGUACAUUUGAGAAAUAAAUAAAUUCCAUUAACAAGUCAAUUAUUACGACAUUAUUAUUAUUUAUUGAACUACAUAUAUUUAGAGGUCAAGUAUUCCUCGACACAAAAACGGCCUCUCAAUAAGCCAAUUUUUGAGUUUAGCCUUGAAACUCGCCAGACUAGGCGCAUCAGUUAUGGAUGCUGGUAAGUUAGUACACAGCGGGGCCCAUGACGUGUAUAGAUUUAGCCGUUUCGGCUAGACAACGUGGCACUGCCGCUAAUUUGUGUCUAUAGCGAAUUAAACGGUCGCUGUCAUACUGAACAACUUAUAUUUGAUAUUACGCAAAACUCUUCGUAGGGCGCCUCUAUUACAUACUGAGGGCCUACCGCGAAACACGUAAAUCGAAGUUUCGUUAUCUGCCACUAUCACUCUUGCAUAUUUGAGCGAUAAAGAGGCAGAUAACGAAAUUUCAAUUGUCGCGUUUCGCGGUAGGUCUAUAAAUAAACUGCCUUGAUGCAUCAAUGUCAUAGUGAAAACUUCCCAAAAACUGUUUCAAGGCAUAUCUAUAAGUUACUCUAUAGUUUGUGUGAUAGUGCUGCUCUCUGGCGGCAGAACAUUGCAGUAAUACUCCCUAUUCUGGCGAAUCAUUUGUCAACGUUUUUUAUGCAAUAGCAGAUUAUUAUUAUUUUUUUUUCGAUUUCGCGGUUAGCUUCAUAAUAAAAGUAGUUUACUAUGACCUUCAUAUUCACCCCUCUCAGGAGUAUGGUCAGACAUAAAAAAAACACUAAAAUGAUCUUCAAAAAUUCUUGUUACUGCUGGAAUGGGAUUUAUCAUUCUUAGUUAGAGUCAAAAUGCCUUUUAUGUAAAUCGUAAAUAAAGUCACUUGAUUUCUGUUAGGA